CGCGCACAGACACUUCUAAGACCAACAGGAGCUUUCAAGUUCACUCGGCUAAGUCCGCGGAAAGGCGCACACAUGGAUCCAUACAUCAGCUCUGCAUCAGCUUGUCAUCGGCCUUCAUGUGCGGGGGCGUGGUGGCUUGCGCGUCUUCUCUUCUCCCCCUCAUCUCCCGCAAUAAUCCUAGAUGCUCUCGGGCUCGUACAUGAUGAACAACCCAUACGCCCCCGACCCAAUAAACUCAGCACAGAAUCGAUACCCCGAUAUGUCUUCCCCCCCGCCGAUCAACACCCAGUAUGGCGGCUGGGGCGCACCAGGCGGCAUGCAGCCUCAGCAGCAGUUCCAGCCGCAACAGUUCCAGAGUCCACCUCCCCAGCAGUUCCAGAGCCCGCCACCUAUGAUGCAGCAGCCGUCGUACGGCAUGGGCUACAACCCGACCGGGAUGCAGAGCCCCGUCGGGUACGGCCAGAGCCCCACGGGCUUCCAGCCCCAGAGCGGCUUCGGGCAGCAGCUCAGCGCCGCGAUGAGCGGGAGCAGCUACAACUACCUCGCUGGGCAGCCACAGCAGCAGCAACAGCAGAUCAGCCCCGCCCAGCAGCAGCUCCAGUCCCCCGGCUACGUCGCGCAGUUCGAUCCCUAUGCCUCGCUCGGCGCGCUCGAUCCCGGGCCCUCCCAGCAACAACAACAGCAGCAGCAAUACCAGCAGCAGCAGACGCAGAACGCCACGGGCCUCGUCACCACCGGCGCGUCAUCCACCUCGCCGAAGGGCGAGCCGCACCCGCGCUCCUUCAUCCGCGCGAACCGGGACGCGAUCGCGCGAUGGGACGGGGGAACGUGGCUGCAGCUGUUCUCGACGUUCGACGCGCUGCAGGACGCGUGGAGGGCGCGGAAGCGGGAUAUCGACGGCACGCUGGCGCAGAUUGCACAGCAGACGCAGGUGCAGGGGUAUUAUUACGCGCAACAGGCGCAGCCGGAGAUUGCGAGGCUGCAAGGGUUGGCAAGGGAUUCCGAGUCUCAAGCCGACGGAAUCGCCGCGGGUCUCUUUCAGAUUAAGGAGGCUUUCGCAGGUUAUAGGCAAUCCGGUGAUCAGGCCAGCAAGCUACGCGUACGCGAGGCCGCGAACGCGGCGCUCAACAGCCUCCCCGACUGGCCUCCCCUCACGUAUUGAGGCGUCUUCAUCCCUUGAGAGACGGACUUGUGUGGCGUUCAUUUGGGACUUCAAGGGUUUUCACCGGUACCAUCCAAUGCGUGCUCUGUAUCAUACGCUAUAACCUACUUGCUGUACUGACUCGUCCUUCCCCGCAUUAUCGCCGCAUAAUCAGGCUCAUCAGCAUGCUGUUCAUCGGACUCAAA